UGAGGAGAGGGUGCGCGAGGGGUGCAUGUGGUUGGGUGGGCUGAGGCGGCGGCUGCCCUGGCUGCUGAUGCUGCUGAAGGUCUGCAUGGCCGUCAUGCUUGACGAGCGGCUGAAGGGGCUCUCUGGCGCUGUCGCAUCCGACUUGUACAACGCUGUGUAUGCCUCCAUGGAGGGGGAUCGCAUGUUCAUUGAGCUGCCCAGCGACUGUGUGAGCGCACUCGGCAGAGAGGCUGCUUUAGACCUCUUCCCUGGUGAGAGGGCCUGCUGGUCAUCUUGCUUGCUCGAGGCCUGAUCGGAUCGUUGUAUCCCGCCUUCCAUACUGCCACGUCUGAGUAUAUAAAGCUAGGAUGCUCCCUACAUAUCGCAGAGCCGUCUCUCGUCAAUUCCUGGAUUAUAUCUCGUGGCUUGAUGCUUAAACCGCUGAAGUGACACUGUAAAGUCUUAUCACCUCUCCAGAAGGACGAGGGCUACACCAGUGUCGCGAGCAGAUCAGCUCUGUGCGAAAGGGCCCCGACUUGGGGAUGCUGCUCAGCGUAGCAGGCUAGGGGCGUCCGAGUGUCGUCUUGUACGGUUGUAUCUAAGUCGACGUGCUGUGAUAUGCAGAUGCAACGUAUGGGCUGGCUAUUAGUACAAAGGAGUGAUCAUCUCGGUGAGUGACCGACUGAAGUACACUUGAAGCGAAAAGUUCCUGGUGAAAAUCGAACGGGUUGAUCCUCGCCAGAGUCGGCCAAACAAAAAGGAUUGCCUGCUUAAAGCGCUAAAUAGCAGAUUUGGGGUAAAUCCAG